CCCAAGUUGUUCAUGGCUUUAUAUUGCUUAUAAUGGUUUCAUGCUCAUUUCCGGUUCCUAUCUGCCUUGAUGGAGGCAGCCCCCAUCACACUGUGGGAUCGAAGGUGGAGAAAAACAAGAAUGAUGAGGAUAAAUCAUUCUUGGACAUUCCUCCCAGGGAAGGGAGGAAUGGGCUUCACUUACAAUCUGUCUUGGUACUUGGCUCUCAUUCCAGCAUGGAAUGCAGGGAGCAGGGAGGUGCUGAGUAUAAAAGCACUCCACCUGAUGAAAAGAAGCAGAUGUUCUCAUGUUAAUUGCAUUUUUAAUUAGCUUUAAAGUCGGGUGCGCUCCAAAAAAAAGAUGUUCUCACCAGAACUGUGAAAUUUCCCAGCUGCAUUGAUCUGAGAUGGCAAAACAAUAUGGAAACAUUUACACCUUAUGGGCAGGACAUAUGCCCUUUGUAGUGCUGUCUGGAUUCCGAGCAAUGAAAGAAGCGCUCAUUGACCACUCUGAAGAAUUUGACGAGCGACCAGAGACUCAUUUCAUUAGGACUAUGGCAAAAGGAAAGGGUAUUAUAUUAUCAAAUGGUCACACCUGGAGGCAACAGAGACGGUUUGGAAUAGUUACCAUGCGGAAGCUGGGGCUGGGGAAGAAAGGCAUGGAGCACCAAAUAGAAGAGGAGGCCCGUCAGCUCGUGGAAGUCUUUGCACAUUCAAAGGGACAACCAUUUGACCCCUCCAUGCCAAUCACUAAUUCAGUCUCCAACGUGAUAUGUGCUCUGGCUUUUGGGCAUCGGUUUGAUCUUGAAGAUGAAAGGUUCCAGAAGAUGAUAGAAGCCAUGAAUUUUCUCCUAAGAUAUCUAUGUAGCUUUUUUCAUUUUCUGUAUGAAAUGUUCCCAUGGCUUAUGAAACAUCUCCCAGGGCCCCACAAGAAUGCUUUGUCCUGCCUGGAGGUGAUGCUUUCAUUUGAAAAGGAGGAGAUAGAGAAGCAUAAGGAGAAUCUGGCUCUGCAUGAGCCACAGGAUUUCAUAGAUUUCUAUCUGCUUCAGAUGGAGAAAAGCAGGAAUGACCCAGAGUCCACCUAUGAUGAAGAAAACAUGGCUUGGUGUAUUUUUGACCUCUUUGUAGCAGGGUCAGACACAACCACCUGUUCUCUGAAAUGGGCGCUUCUCUUCCUGGCAAGUCAUCCAGAUAUCCAAGAUAAAAUCCACAAGGAAAUAGAAGAUGCUUUAGGUUCCUCUCACACAAUCUGCUAUCAAGAUAAGAAGAAACUGCCCUACACCAAUGCUGUGAUUCAUGAAUUACAGCGCUUUAAAUAUGCCUUAUUUUUCGGGAUCGCCAGGAAAUGUACAAAGGAUGUGAAGCUGUGUGGUUUUCUCAUUCCCAAGGGAACUUAUAUUAUUCCUGAUUUCCGCUCUGUUCUUCUUGACCCCACAAGAUGGGAGACACCUGCAGUGUUCAACCCAAACCAUUUCUUGGACAAGGAUGGACAAUAUGUGGCUAGAGAAGACUAUCUGGCGUUUGGUGCAGGGUCUCGCAUGUGUUUGGGUAUGCUGCUGGCAAGUACGGAAAUGUUCAUCUUUGUAACCAGCCUGCUGAGGGCAUUUCGCUUCCAGCUGCCAGAAGGAGGGAAAGAACUCAAUAAAGAGGCUGUACUCGGGGCUACAGUACAUCCCCAUCCUUAUAAACUCUGUGCUAUUCCCCGCUGCAAGGCAUAAUAAAAUAUGGAAGUACCUCUGCUUCCUCUACCACUUACCAUCCCCUUUGUCACUCCUGACACAUAGUUUCCCCUUCCCAUCUCAUGCAACUUCUGAGGUCUCUCUUCACAUUCCCAGCUCCAUUUCUGAGGCUUCUCUCUUCUUUUCUGCAGCUCUGCUUUGCGCCCAUUUCACCAUCACCCCAUCUCCUCCUAUUGCAUGGACGGGCGGAGUCCCCCAAACCCCAGGCGCCCCCCAAGUGGAAUAAUGACUCAAGACAACUUGCUAUGGGAUUAAAAUUGGCCACAACUUUAUUAAGAUUCAGAUGUAGGGAGACCUUGGCUCAGGCAUUGGGCGUUUAUCCUUCCCAGUCCCCAGCCGGGGAUCAGGGAGACUUCAGGGUUAUGCAGAAAGUGUGGGGAUUGGGCUGGCUCUGGAGAACAUAUGUACAAGCAGAGAGCCAGCCCCCCGUUUGUCGCCGCUGGAGGGGAGAGCAAUGACACCCUCUCGGUGUAUGGCCAAUGCCUCCCCUCAAUACCCCUUUAACGGGGAACCCUGGUAUCACCGCCUCAAAGGGAAUGUGGGACACCGCUUCAUGCCCCCCCUUCUGUUGCGUGUGGAGGGUGGUCCCUCCCCUUACCUGGUCAAUCCCCUGGCAACGCCUCCCCAGGCAGGAUUGGGUGGUUGACUGUGGUAGGCGGAGACCUCAGGUAUUCAGCCUGCGGAGGAUGAAGUCAGUCCGAACUACUAGGAGCCACACUGGGAUUCGGGGGGCUGUGUGCAGCCACGCAAAAGUCGCCCCCCAUUUGAUGUGGGGAGAGGUCAUUCUUCAAGCUCUUUCAUGGCCCUGCUUUCAUCUUCCAUCCUAUCCAUGCCUCCUACUCCCUCAUUUCUUUUCAACUCCUUUGCAUCCCCAUUCUUACCCUCACUACCUUCCCACCUUCCCCUUUUAUUCCUCAACACCUAUAUAACACACAGCCCCCUUUCAGCACACCCCCAUGCCGAUAUAUGUGAUUGUAUCUUUCAGAUGAGUAGAAUCCCAAGAGCAAGGCUGUCGACUUGCCCAGCUGGAGAAGGUUAAGUUCUGUUUAUAGGUCCUGUGCAUUUACAGCCAUCUGCUUUUUAAUAAAAUAUC